GUGGCUCAGACCGACACGCCACUUGGUCCCACCAACUUUGACGUGACGACGGUGCCGUGGUUUCGUCCGUCCAGGAGGCCUGUGAUGACGCGGUACAACGACACGACAUCACCUACGUCAGGGGAGGAUGACCUCAGUGACGUCACCACCAUGUUCCCGCACUUCCCAGUGGAUGACGUCACGACGCCGAGUCCCAGAAUCAUCCACUCUCUUGGCAUCCUCCCGUCCAAGAGUCUCCCCUUGUCCGAGGCAAAGUCCAUACUGACCAGUCUGGAGGAUGAGAACAUCACGUUCUCCGGCGUCAGGCUACAGGAGCUGCCCGAUGAUGACGUCAUCGCCAUCAAGACAUGUCUCCGAGCGCUAAGAGCCCUCAAACCCUCGGCCAUCAUCGGCCCCUACAGCAGCACAUACGCCAUCGCUACGGAGCACCUGCGCAUCCCGUACUUCGUGACGUCACUGACGCCGGCCAGCCAAUCAGAGACGCCGUACCUGAUCCAGCUGUUCCCCAGUGCUCACGCCCUAGCGCGUGCCUCUGUAGACAUGCUCAGCUACUACCAGCUCAAGAGGGUAGCCGUCAUCUACGACUGUGAAGCUGGUAAACAGGCCCUCUCUCUCAGCAUGUUCUCGAAGCCAAAUAAGUGGUUCCUAAUUAAUGUGGGUCUCCAAGAGUAUGACCUGGACAAGUACGCCGACUCACACGCCAAUGUAACGGUCCUUCGGCUCAUGAUGGACUACAACUCGAGCUUCUGUGGGCUGGGGGAGAACAUCUCUCUGAGCCGAGCGGCCUUCCACGACGCUGUGCGCCUUUAUGUUCACAUGUAUACCACGCACGCGCUGAGACUGAGUAUGGUGGGCACGGGGGAGAGGGUGAGCAUGAGGAGGACUGUACGGAAGUUGAGAAUGGACGGAUGCACGGGUCACCUGAUGUUCUCCAGGUUUGGGAUCAGGUCAGAAAGUUUCCUCCAGCUCAUGACGCUACAGGGCUACAAUCUGGACUGGUGAAGCGGAACAUGGAGAAGCCGACCAGCUGACGUAAGCAAACGAGUGGAGCCCUCCAAGUCUUACAGCACCGUAGCGUCACUGUCAGGGAAUGUGUUCGGCGACCGGCCGCUCAGGAUCACAGUUCUCAUGGUCGUCUGGGGCGCCAUUUUUGUGGCGUUUGUUGGUGUGAGUCUGAUGCUGUUCGCCGUGAGUCGAGUCAACUCUGACAGACAGACCCGGUACACGUCCAACCUGAGCGAGAGUUUCUGGUACAUAUGGGGCACGCUGCUCCGUGGCUCUCUUACUGGCGUCCUGAUCUCCUCCAUCCAGAAAAUAUUCGACUACGGCACCGUGGAGGGUUCUCAGACUGAGCUGUUCUUCAAACACACGGGCAUGCAGCUCUACUCACGGAUGUGGGCGCAUAUGUCUGUCCUCUCACCCAAGUCUAUGAGCAGGACAGUUGACAUAGGGUUCGAGCGUGUGAAAAAAGGAAAGUACGCCUUUAUUUGGGAUUCCCCCACCAUACGACACACCAUCAGCAACGACUGUGAUCUCAUGGAAAUUGGAUCGCCCUUUGACCUCAAAGGAUAUGGAUUUGCAUACCGGAAGAACGCCCCCUAUGGUGAGAAGCUGUCAAUGGCGAUUCUCAAACUAAACGACGAGGGGAUUCUGUACAGGCUAGAGCGCAAGUGGUGGCGGCCCCAGAACUGCCCCAACCAGAAGCAGAGCGCCAAGACCAAGUCCCUGGACCUGGAGACUGUGGCGGGAAUGUACGUGGUCAUCUUGCUGGGGGCUCUCAUCUCCUCCGUGCUCUGUCUGCUGCAGUACUUCAUCCGGGCCAUCAGGAGGAAGAAGUCCGGUAAGUCAGCAAGCUCCUCGGAGAACGGCAGACACACAGACAGACUGUCGGACAGACAAUCGGACAGAGAUCGUCCUGGCCAAGAGCCCAAGUCUCUGUUCAGCAGUUUCUCUGACGCCCAAGAACGGUCGGCGGGGAACCAGGACGAGAUCACGAACGCCAACCACUCCCCAUUACAGUACCGCUCCGUCGCUGAUUGGACAUAGCUGAGGGUCACGUGAUGGUGUUGACGUGAGCAAUUUGCCAACUGUUCCCCCCUUCCUCUCUGGACCUUAACGAAGCCUAUGCAGAAUGAUAACCCCAAGUUUGGGCGUACUUGAAAGAAACCGAAUGUUGCAUCGUCAUUGUGAGCAAUAUGACGUAAGGUAUGGCCUCGCCCAGAGCAGA